GUACUCGUACCCGCUGUGGAAAAAUAAAAAUUUAUAUAAACACACACAUACAAGUAUUCGUUAUAUACAUAUACGUAUGUAUAGUGUCAUACCGUGUGUACAUAAUUUAUAUAUAUAUAUAUAUAUAUGUAAACGUUAAGCGUGUGUUGGUGUGUACGUCUGGACUGUGGUGCACCCGUCGGAUACCUAUUGCUCGUGAGUGAUAAGUUGCGUUCGCCCGUGCUGUUGAACGGAACGUUUCGAUGUUUUUAAUGGGCUACAAAGCGAACAUUUGCAGCAGUAAUAUUGUCGUGGCCACCGCCGCCACCGCCUUUGUGCGCCGAAACAGCAAUUGACAAUCGCCGCGCGCAUAUUGGACCCUAAUGUCCACUGUUCCGCCGCCACCGCCGCCGCGAUCCGUCGGCCAUUACAUCGACCCGGAGUGACUUGUCGCCAGCAAUGGCUGUUCUGCGCGCGGACCGAUAGGUUCUACGAGUGUGUUUUUAUGUGUGCGUGUGUGUAUGUGUGUGCACACAGUUAGUCGCUGUUCAGUCAUACGCCGCGUACGAUCGACCGACGGGCCACAUCCCGUUACGCGACGACUUCCGACCAAUGUUAUUGACGUUUACGUGAAUUCAUUGGCAUCGUCGCAUCCCUGGAGUCACAAUGGCCGUUCGCCGGCCUGAAUCUGGAUCUCCGGUCGCCGCCAUGGCUGUCGGCGGAUCUCGAGAAGCAGAACCUGCACCGACGACGGACUGUAAUUCCAAACGAAAACACAUUCAUUCAGUUGAUUCAGAUACCGAUGAAGGUACUAAAGAUAAGAUAAUCUGUAAGGACAGAUUUCCUAAGUAUGUGGAUUGUCAAGAAACAUUAGUGGAAAUAUCAUUUAUCAGAUGGAUAGCUGGUUUUCGGGUGGAAUGUCGCAGGUUGUCAGGCCAUAAUAGUAGGAUACUUUUCUAUGGCCUUCUAAAUUUUUAUUAUGUGAAUAUAGUUCCAGAAAUAAUAGAUUGCAGAAAUAAAACUAAUAAAUCAGAUCUUUUGAAAACUUAUGCAGAACAAACUAUAAUGUUUUUUCAUUCAUAUCGUAAAUGUAUAAAAGAACAACCAUCAGAUACUUUGGAUGUUAUAUAUUAUGAUAAACUUUGUUCAUUAAUAGCAUAUUAUACAGAUUUGAAUUUAAUGGCAUCACAGCGUUACAAAGAUAAAUCAUGGGACAAAAAAACUUCCAGUAAAAUCAAUGCAAUAUUCUCUCUUUGUUUAGAUGAUAACAGUGAUUACAUGUUGGAUUCAAUAUUUCAAAUGUACUAUAUCUUUUAUGGUUCUAUUAAUAUUUCUAUAGGAUCAAUAAUGCUUCCAGUGUUAAAAAAAAUACUUGCUGAAAAACCAAGACCUCAAAAGAUGACAUUUUUAACUUAUUUGCGAUACAUUUUGGGUUUUAAAUUAUGGAAAAAAACUAUUCAUUCUUCAUCUUUAACUGGGUUUGAUAAGAGAAAAGAGAUGGAUGAAAUGAAAAUAUCAUUGAGAGAAUUGAAGCCUCCUAAAGAUUUUAUGAGCCAACAAGGAAAAUAUAAUUGGCCUAAUUGGCCAAAGCUUACAAUGACACCAAAUGGAACACCAGAAACAAUAGAAAAAGAUUUAAAUAAAGUUACUUUAGUUUUAUAUGGUGCAAAUUUAUCCCUCAAAGAUUGCUAUAAGGAUAUAUUGGAUACUUCAAAAAAAGAUAUUCCAUCAGUUAUGAAAAUAGUUGAAGAACAAUGUGCAAUUUUAAGACCAGAUAUAUUUUUAGAAAGUGGCAAAGAAGUAAUAAAGAGAUGGGCUGACAAUUUUGAUAAAACUCUAAAACCCCUUAUACCAACUACACGCUCCUGUAAUAGUUUACUGAGACAAAUCAAGUAUAAUUUUGGUGUUGGUAAAGUUAAACCUGAAAAUAAAAGCAAAGAUAAUUUAAUUAAUAUUCCAAAUGCCGAAAUUGCAAAAACUAGCAGUAACGAUAACCACAUAGUAAAUAAUAAAGUUGGAGAAAGCUCAGAUAAUAAAAUAGUUCAGAACAACGAAAAUAUAUCUGAUUAUAGUAAAAAAUCUACUGAAAAAGCUAAUAAUUUGAAUUAUAAGACUAAAAUAUUUGAAGAAAACAAGCAAAAUGAAAAUGAGCCAAUUAUUGAAGUGUUAAAAAAUGUUCAUAAUAAUAAUGAAUCUAAAAUGAUGCAUCAAACGCGAGAAGAUGAAAGUUUUGUUAAUAAUAAAAUGUACUGGAAAAUAGAUAGUAUAAAACAUAUAAAUGAUGAUCUACAUAAAGUUGAUUCAUCAUCAUCUAGUAAUAUGAAUAGAAUGGAAUGCAGUGCUGAUAGUACUAGUUCUCACACCUAUAAUGCAGGAUGUUCCUACAUAUCAAGUAAAGGAUCAAAAAGAAACAAACCCACUACUUCAAGUGAAAAUGAAACGAGUAAACGUCUAUGCAGAACUAAGUCUAGACACGAAAAAAAUGUAACAAAUGGCAAUCGAAAUCAAAGUAUUGAUUUUGAUUGCCAAAAUUCUAAUAAUGAAAAUAUUACCUGCAAUACUUUAGAUAAUGGCAUUUCAUCACGUGAACCUCUAACGGACUCUCAAGACAUUAAAGUUGCUCGUCUAAAGAACGAAUCUACAAUCAAAGAAAAUAAAUGGGUGACAAAAGCUUCACAUACUGGAUUAUCUGUAGUUUCUGUAUCAAAAUUAAAACCAUCACAGAGUAAUUUUUCUGAUGGAAGCAAAAAUAAAAACCAAAGAUAUUGUAAUUCAAAAGUUACUGAAUCAAAUAGUCAUCAAGAUAGUAUUACUUCUCUUUCAAGUGAAAUGCAAUGGCCUUUAAAAUUAUCUCCUUGCAGUGCUGAUUCUCCAGAAUCUAAACCACUAAUAACUAGUUCUGAACAAAUUGAAAUUGAAGCUACAAGCUCUGAUACUGAAGGUAAUAGUAGCCCAAAGACUGAACAUAUACUAUCUUUAAGAAACUCAGAAGAAAUAAUUUCAAAUUUAGUUUCUUCUAGACGAUCUAUUAAUGAAAAUGAAAGCACUAAAAUUUAUGCAGUAUCAAUGGAUCAGAAACUUACUCACAUUGAACAUCCUUAUGUAGAAAAUGCUGUAAAUUCAAGUACACGAGACUUAGAAGUAGUGAAUGUAUUAUCUCCAGUUUCUAUUAAUUCUACUGAUAUUCCUAUGAAUAAAAGUUCAUGGGUUCCUGAUAUAGCAUUAGGUCAUUCACAGAAUGAUCAUAAUGAUGUUGAUGGUGAUCAUUCUCAAUCUUCAGUACAAUUAAGUAGCUUGGGUAAUUCAAAUAGUAUAAAUACUAGUCGUGUUGCUAAUAUAAACAGUGAAGUUGAGCAUAUACCUUUAAAUCAUAUGCCAUUAGAAACACCUCUUAUUUCGAGGACUGGACCAUAUAGUCAAGUUGAAUCAAGAACAUGCCCUGAUGAUUCUUAUGCAGCUGCUUUAUCUCCUAAUGAAAAUUCCGUUAUAAAUUCACCAUAUGGAUCAACUUAUGAUGUGAACCGAUUACCUUUGCCAGUAUCUGUAAAAUCUAUUCCUGUAACUGUAUCUUCAAACAAUAGUAUGAUACACAAAUUAAAUGAUUCAACUAAUAGUAUAUAUCAUGGAAAUACAAUAAACUUAAGUUUUAAUGGUUUAAAGAAAAAAACGGUUUUAGAAUCACAACCAACUUAUAACUUUGCAUUAAGUAAAACAAUGUCAAAUGAUAUGAGUACUAUUGAAAGAGUAUCCCCAAUUAAUAAAGAUAAUUUGAAUGAAAUUGAAGUUGUUUCUGAUGGAUUUAGUGAUGUGGACUCCAUAGAUUUGCGAAUCAACAGUACUGAAUCCAAAGAAACUAAUUCAUGUUUAAAUAAUUUGCCAAUAUCUAAUCUAAUGUCAGGAGAUUUAAAAUCAAUGAAUACACUCAACAGUUUUGAUAAAUCUAAGAGUAGGUGUACUGUAAAAAAUUCACCUGAUAUGCCAAACCUUCGUCCAAAACAAACUUUAAAAGUAUAUUCAGAUCCAACUAAAUUAAUCUCAAAUCCAGUUAAUUUAAAUGUACAGUCAGGAUUAUCAAUUAAUUUAAAUGAAGCGCAUGUUCAAAAAGUGUUUUUAGGAAAUAAAAGCCCUUCACAAGUGUAUUUCAAUCCAUUAGCUGAUUUUUGUGUUUCAUCUGAUAUUGACAUGUCAAAUCGUGGUAAUGUAGAAGAAUCCAAACAAAAUCAUUUUAAAAAUAGAUUAAGUACAAGAGAUUGUGUGAAUAUUUGUUCAAAUGAUAAAUAUAUCCAUUCAGUGAUGCAACCAUCUGAUAAUGAUCCUAGUAUAAAACAAACAUUGCUUAAUAGUUAUGAUAGUGUUCUUAAUCAAAACUCACAAAUCGUAAAUAAUGGACUUAUAUAUAAGUUUCCUAGAUCAGAAAGUAAUCCAUCUGUUAGAUAUGAAAAUCCUCUUCAACUUCAACAUAAAAAUCCAGAUUGUUUAUCACCACAUAAUGGAUUAACUUAUGCAAAUUUUGACCAGAUAUUAGGUCCCAGUUUACUAGAAGAUCCAAAUAAAAAAGAAGAACCAACUAUAAUUAAUAUGACACAUUUAAUGUUACAAUCUGGUAAAAAUUGUAAAGUACAUUAUAAAUGGCCUCUGAAUAAAAAUAAAAGUCAAAUAACUUCUUCAAAUGGAAAAAUUCAAGAAACUACUCAGAGUUUUGAUUAUAAAAACAAUUCAAAUGUUAUGUAUAAAUAUUCAGAUGAAGAAUUAAAUCAAACUCGAUUGCAAAAUGUAUCACCUAAUGAACUUAAAUCUCAAAAUUCUGGUUUUUCAUUUAAUGAAAGAAAGAAUGAUAAUACAUCAUUUCAAUCUAAUCAACAGUUCCAGGACAUAUCUAAUUUAAUUGCUUCUGAUCUUUCACCUACUAUUCAAUCUGGAUCCGAAUCUAUUGAUGAAAAGAAUCAAAUUCAACAACGAGUAAUUAAUAGUUUGGAAUGUAAUACUCAUAAAGAACCAACAGAUCAUCAAGAAACGAUACACAGAAGUGCUCUAAUGUCAAGUCAAAGUAAAGAAACUAGCACUACAUUAGGCAUUGAGGUUUUUGAAGCUGCACAUCAUUUAUUUAACAGUGGUAAGUUAUUUUUAUGCAUGUACCCAAAAUGUACCAACAGUCACCAUUUCCGUGUUUUACCUUCUAAUGCUGAAAUGCUUAGACAUGAAUUCACUGUACCAUUUGAUGAUUUUCGUUUCAAUAUUCAGUACAAGUAUAAGCAACUGUUAACUUCAAAUCCAAGAACAUGGCCUAGUAUACCUGAAUUGGUACAGUUGGCUAAACGGUGCUUGUGUGAAAUUUGUGGUGAUUUUGAUUCUAAGUUAAACCAAAAUCAAGAUAUGUUGUAUACAUAUGUUGAAGGCAAAAAACCUAAUAUUGAAGAAGACAAUAAUGAAAAUGAGCAACCAACUAAUCCACAAAUAAGAUUAAGUUGGAAAAAAAAUUUAGCACAUCGUUUUACUUCAGAAGCUGUUGAAAAACAAUCUAUUUCUCAAAUGGUGGAGGAUAUGGAAAGACAUAUAAAUCGUUUUACGCAAGCUUUCACAAUAAUUUUUACAUUAAAUAAAGAUGCCAAAACAAAUUUACAAAACUUACAAAAUGCAUGUGAAAGUUAUUCAGAUGUUAAUGGCAAUGAUAAAUCUUUAAGCUCAGAAUGUAUAGAAAAACUUGAGAUUGGACAUAAACGUUUUAAUAAAGAUAUAUGUCUUCAUUCUUAUCAAUAUUUACAAUUACCUUCUAAAGUUAUACCAAAAUAUGUUUUGGAAGAAUUGUCUAAUGCUCCAUAUCAACCAACAAACCAGAAUGUAUUAUCACAUAAAUUUGAUGAAGAACAUUUGCCAAAUGAAAUAAAUAGAUAUUUUGUAAAAAAUUCCCCUAGUUCUUCAUAUUCAUCAGUUAGUUCAAAUAUUACUAACCAAUCAUUAAAAUAUAUUCAUGAAAGUAUACCAAACACAUCACAUCAAUCUGCUGUAGACAAUUCACCUAGUACAUCACGCCAAUCAUCAGUUGGAAAUUUACCCAAUUCUCAUCAACCCAUUUUAAAUAAUUUUCCCACAUCACAUGUCAUUUCUUUAGACUCUUGCUCUUUAAAUGAUAGAUCCAAAAAUACAAGUCAUAUGCCUCGUUAUUAUUCUGAUGGACAAGUGUAUACAGAAUUUUCUCAUGCAUAUCUUCAAGUUCCUAAUGCUCAAUUUCCAAAUUCUUCAACAAAUUCAUAUUACAGUUCUCCUGUAAAUAUGCCAUCAGAUAAUUCCGUGCCAUUUUGUUCUCCAAGUGUUUCAAUCAAUUCGGUGCCCAAUUCACCAUCAUCAGAUUGUAGUAUACCGUCCUUAGUCGAAACGGUUGCUACUGCUGUACCUGAGCAUUCUUUGUUAGAUGAUAGUUUAGAAGCAGUAAAUGCUGCUCAUAACUUAAUGUUGAUCUCAAACCGCCAUAGGUACAACAGUACUACUUCAAUUACGACUACUAAUACUACCAACACUAUCACAGUUGCUAAUACUGAUAUUACUAAUGUUACAACUGUUACUAAUUCUAAUAUUUUCACAACUGAUGUAAAGGCUAAAAUUAUUUCCACAGUUGAUACUGCAACUAAUAUUUCCACAAUUGACACUUCUCUUAAAAAUAUUUCUCCAUCUGAUAAAAUUAUUAAUAAUAUUUCUGUAACUGACCCCACUAAAAAUACUCUAAAAUUGAAUUAUAUUACUGAACUGGAAGAUCAAGAAACAGAUAUUAUUCACAAUAGUCGAAGAAAAAAGAAAAAGAAACAUGAUAAAAAGAAAGAUAAGAAAAAAAAAGGAAAACGUUGAUGAUAUUUAUUAAUUAAAAAUAAUAUUUUUUCCAUAUACAUUUUAAGCUAAACAUUCCGAGCUUAACAAUUUUCAUCAGCAGUAAAACUUUUGACCGAAUAUUUAAAAAUUAUUUUAUAACUACUGUGAUUUUUAUUUACUUUUUAACAAACUGUGAUAAUUUAAGAUUGCUCAUUUUCUUUCUUUUUAAAAUAUUUCUUCAUGUUUAUGAACUUCAUAUUUUAAAA